AUCUAAAUUCAUAUGAAAAAUCAAAUUAGUCCAUAUAUUGACGUCGCAAACAUCCAACAUCAAAGGGCAAUAAAAAUAUGCACCACCAGAAGUACAACGGAUCCGGAUUUAGAAAAAUUGACAAUAAGAUGUAACGACGAUCUUUCGUAUCAUUCUAAUUGAUGUCUUCACAAACUUUCAGAUGGGAAUUACGAAGAUGACGUUUACUAUAGGACUUUUGACUCUACUUCUAUCUUCCGGCUUCAUGGGUCUAACAGCUGGUGAAGACUGUGAUGCGAACAAGUACCUGGACAGUGAGGGGAACUGUCAGUCGUGUAGCGGAAGGACCUGUCCUGCCGGGGAGAAGAUAAAAGAGAAAUGUGGGCAUGGCAAGGAUCUUAUCUGUGAACUUUGCACAGACCUGCCAGCAGGUCAAACGUGUGCAAGAGGAAUACAGGGGCCCUGUGUCUCUUGUGAACACCAGAACAAGAAGACGGUUCGGGAAUGCGAUGCUCGCCUUGACAGCGUCUGCUAUGGAUGCCUUGAGAAUCACUUCCCGAAAGUUAACAACCAGGGAGAAGUCGACUGCAUCCAUUGUUCGGCUGAGACCAACAACAGGUCAGAAUGCAGCCAGCAUCCCGUGAUUGAAUGUGCCCCGGAAGUAGCGGAUAACGCACUACCAGGGCCUGAAGACGACAGGCAUCAUAAGGACUCACAACGUUGGGCCGUGAUUGCCGCUAUAGCUGUUUCAGCUGCAGCUGCUGCUAUCCUGACAGUUAUCCUGGUGCUUGUCGCUUUAAAAAAGAACCUCUGCAAACCACAUGGACCCUACAACAGGGCGCCAGCUCAUGAUGCUGAGAAUCCUGAACAACCAGAAAGAAGAGAAGAGAGCCCAGCCCUCUCUGAAGAGUCUGAGGGCGAACAAUGCCAAGUAGACGAGAACAAAAAGAAAGUCAAGUUCACCAAGGCAUGCAGGACUAGCACCAACCAAUCAGAGGAUGGACAGCAGCUACUGCAUUCCAAGCGGCCCAAACUGUCAAAGCUGAAAAUCCCGAAGAGGUCUUCAGAAGGUGAAAUAGAACUCCACGUGUCUGGGUCAAGAACUUCGUCACCAGUCAAAGCCGUACCCUCGCCAAAGAAGGGAACUCCGUCUCCAUACCCAGUGAGUGAUGAUGACGUGUUCUCCUAUCCCAGUGGCAACCAGCCAGUAAAUGUUCAGACUGACCGGCAUGUUCGAGAUGCCCAGGCACCUUGCGUGGGACCUACCACAUCACAGGCCUCGACUCCCACAGGCUCGCUGGAUCUUUCUGGCCAAACGGCCAAAAUUCACAGUGACAGCCGCGCUGUGCCCAACAACACAGCAAAUGACUACGCCACCAAGCUGGCCUGGUGCAAAGAUCGAGCAUCCUCGAUUCUGCUGGAUGAUGACUGGUUCAGCUACAACAUCCAGCAAGAGUUAGCUGGGCACUUGGACAAGAUCCCACCGUCCAGCUCCAUGCCGACCUGGAGGACCUUCUUCGAGAAAUUUGGUCUUACGAAACAGGAACUGGACGGCGUGAACACGAGAUAUGUCGACAGUCCAUCCCUGGCCCUGUUCGAAGUACUCCAGUCCCGUAAUGCUAUGUACAAGUACACCGUCAAGAAGGUUUUAGAAAGCCUUCACAAUUUAAAGCUGUAUAACGCCGCAAACUUCCUUUGUGAUGAGCUGAAAAAGUCUAAGUCGUGACAGAGCUCUCGUAAGAUAUAAGCUAAGGUAUCUUCACCGUAGCUCUCUCUCUCUAGUGGACGAGAUGGAGGUGGCACAUGAUAAGACCGGUGCAGAUAUCUGCCAAGUUCAGUCGUUCAUGGUUUACUGGUGCUCGUCAGAGUUUAACCUUUGCCAGUGGUAGAAAGUUCUGCGAGUCAAUCCUGACAGCAUACAAAGGUUAUUCUCCAAGCAGCGGUUGGGUCGCGGAGAUAGUAGUGCUCGGGACUUUUACUGGCUCGCUUCCCACAGUGCGAAAACUGUCACGGUUGAAGCAUUGCUGUACAAAUAGCAGAAAAGCCUAGGCCUUAGGCCUAGGUCACAAUUCCAAACCGGGGCCCGGCCGGGAUGUUUAAAGAAACGAAAAAUUAAAAUGUAUACCCAGAAAUAUACAAAAAUUAUCCCCCAUGAGUCUACUUCAUUUUGUGUAUUUUGAUGUCUUUUACAUCAUUCUUUGCCCUCCCGAAGGCUGCACGGUUUGGAAAUGUAACAUACGCCUUACACGUGCUUUGUCUUUUCGCCUAAGCCAAUGGGUGCAAGUACAUUUUGUAUGGUUUUGUUGUCACAGGAGGCAUGACACUCAAUUAAUGCAUGAUAAACUGCAAUCAUGUAGAGGUAGACGUUGCUGAUAUUUCAAUCAUUCUUUCGAAAAGGGGGUAGUUUAAAGCUGUGCUGAAUGCGUUUCAUCACAAAAGAACUCAAGUUACUGUGAAAAACAUAAAACGCUUUACUGUUUUGUUGCUCUCAACUCUGUUCUUUUAUGUAUAUAUAGGUCGCUAGGACAGUGCGAAUGGAUGUACCAUGUUGGCGAACACUUUAUGUCUCAGUCUAAUAAUUGUUAACGUUAUGUUAAUACUGAUAUCACUGCUUUAAAAAAUGCAACGUUUGGGCUAAACGAUUAAUAAGAAUUGUUUAUGAUGGAAAUGUACGUUAUGAUAGCUGCGAUUUGAAACUUGAGACAUCCGUUUGAAUUAAAUGGUCAAAAACGUA